AUGGUGGGGAAGCACAAAGAUUUGAGAGAGAGAGAGAGAGAGAGAGAGAGAGAUGGAGUUUUCCCUGUCAUUGACAUGGAGAAACUCAAUGGCGAGGAGAGAGGAGCAACCAUGGAGAGGAUAAAAGAUGCUACAGAAUGCUCCUUCGUAGAAAACAACCAGAUGUUGAUGAACCAUGGCAUACCCCACGAGCUCAUGGACAGUGUGGAGAGGAUGACUAAAGAACACUACAAGAAGUGCAUGGAACAGAGGUUUAAAGAAAUGGUGGCAAGCAGGGGACUAGAGGCCGUUCAGUCGGAAAUCAAUGACUUGGACUGGGAAAGCACCUUCUUCUUGCGCCAUCUUCCUGUUUCUGACAUGUCAGAUAUCCCUGAUCUUGAAGAAGAUUACAGGAAGGCAAUGAAGGAAUUUGCAGGGAAAAUAGAGAAGCUAGCAGAAGAGCUUCUGGACUUGCUAUGCGAGAAUCUUGGGCUAGAGAAAGGAUACCUCAAGAAGGCCUUCUAUGGCUCCAAGGGUCCAACCUUUGGCACCAAGGUCAGCAACUACCCUCCGUGUCCCCGCCCGGAGCUGAUCAAGGGUCUCCGGGCCCACACCGAUGCUGGCGGCAUCAUUCUUCUCUUCCAGGAUGACAAAGUCAGCGGCCUCCAGCUCCUCAAGGAUGGCAAGUGGAUCGAUGUUCCGCCAAUGAAAUACUCAAUUGUGAUCAAUAUUGGCGACCAACUCGAGGUAAUCACAAAUGGAAAAUACAAGAGCGUAAUGCACCGUGUGAUUGCUCAGACGGACGGGAACAGAAUGUCCAUUGCCUCGUUCUACAAUCCAGGCAGUGACGCGAUCAUUUACCUGCACCUGCACUGUUGGAGAAAGAAGAUCAACAGCAGCAAGCAAGGAGCCACGGUUCGAAGCCAUGAAGGCGAUGGCAAGUGCCGUCAACUUGGGCCCGAUUGCCACAGCAUGACUGCAUUGUGGAAGCUACCGACUGAUGCUAAUAAACCAGAUUAA